UAUCAUAUUCCACCCAUCUAUAUUAACAUUCAUCGAGUUAGCACUCCUCAUGCAAUCACGCUUGCCUUCGACCUCCAUAGCGUCUCCGAAAUUCAUCUCAAAGUGCAGAUCCGGGAUUAUGUAGUCAAUCCGUCCGGGCAGACUGUGACCUAGCGGCAGUUGUUGACGCUAUAUUAUUGGCCGACAAGUCCGACGACAAUCGAUGCAAUUAGGCUGGUACUUGAAGACUGAAACUUUUUCAUUAACAGUGACGUUUUGUUUAAGUGUUUUGUUGAGUCUUUAGAGUAGGUGUGUUGGUAGGUCGAUAGAUUUCUAGGGUCCACCUCGUUUUGGAUGUACUUACUUAUCAUAUGUGUAAUAAGAAUUAUGGAAAAAGAAAGCUGUAGAAAAAUCUAAAUUUGGAAUUUACCUCACAAUGUGAAAAUGUGCCUUAGUGCGAAAGUUGUUGCGAAAGUCACAUGAGAGAACCGUUCUACUUUCCCUCCUUUAUUAAUCAAAUACCUAUACCUAGCAGCUGGAUGAAUAUACUAGCAUCGCCGUUAUCGUUCCCUUGCAUAUCUAGUCUUUGAUACCCGCAACGACUCAACGACUCAGUUUUGUUUCCAACAAAGGACUGCCACUUCAGCAGUACUCAACAAAAGCUGUGUGUAGAAUAUUUAUUUAUAUGAUACCCCCAUAAAUAGUACAUCAUCAAUGUGUACAAAUUGGGCAUUAACAAAGCAGUCUAACAUAAAAUGGACUUUAUUCCAGUACUAGUAUUUAUGCAAAUGUUUGAUCGUUCUUUUGCCAUUUCAGAACCUACUACUCAGUUGAUGAAUGUCUACACAUUUGUCGCAUGCAAAGUAUGCAACAAUAUUGUGGGUGCGUCAGUCCAUUUCUCGAGCCAGCCCUCAUAAACGCAACUGCCUGUAGUUUAUUGCAACUACCUUGUCUCACAAAUUGGAUACGCGAAUUCUAUCGAUGGUCAUACUUCGACUAUGUCCUGCUGUCAGCUGGAUUUGGCAAAUGCCUCUUUUGUUUGCCAACAUGCAAUGGUGUUUUCUAUACAAUUUACCCUAAUCCAUCAACGUUGCGUGAAGCAACUGCCACGACGACCUACACCCACGGCUUGCUAGAAGGUCUCAAUAGCAAUAGACCAUUGGCGCUGAUUAAAUUAUACUUUAAAAAUCGGUAUGCGCAAUCGACACAAAAAGAUUUGAUAAGCGACUGGGUUGUAAUGUUGAAUCGCUUUGGUGGCAUUUUAUCGCUAUUUUACGGCUUUAGUAUAAUAAGUUAUAUAGAAGUUUUAUACUACUUGAGCGGUAAAUGGUUUGUACUUAUAAUCAAGACUUGGCAAUCGGUGAGAAAUGGCAAAGCACAGGGAAGUGCAUGUGAACUGGAGAGGAAUGUUGUGGCACAGAAGCCGAUAUAUGCAUUGUAUUGGAAUGAGCUACUCCCCAUGUCUGUUAGGCAGCAAAAAUACCCUAGGAAUAUAACUGCAGCUAAAAUCAAAAUAAAUAAAAAAUAAUAGAUAGUGAUGGAAUUCAGUGACUACUACGUGGGGUGGUUCAAUAGCUCCCGGGGUGGAAAGAAUGAGAGAAUGAGUGAAGAGAUUUAUUUCUUCCUCUACAGUAGAUACAUAUGUACAUAAUAUAUUUAUUGAUAUCUUUUCCUUGGAAAUCAAAAAUUUAUGGGUAAGUGGCAUUGACCUUUCAAAUGAAGCAGAGAGUCAACAGAAGGAAAUCAACGCUAGAGCUGCAAAUGUAUCGAUGCCCCAGUAUCGAUAUAUCGAGUAUUUGUUUUCUUUUUUUCCGAUAUCGCGUAUAGUGUAUCCAUUUUCUCUUUGCUUAUUUUAACGGAAAACACUAUAAGCGACUAAAAUUUUGGUAAGCCGAAUUGUAGCCAAGUUCGAAAUCUAUAAAAAAA